CACGUCAAUCGAGUUGGAGUGAAAAUUGGCAUUUUGCCUUUAGUUUUGUGAAGCGUUUGGCCGCUUGUUGCACAAAAGUGAAUGGCCUGUAAUCUGCUCUGAUAUUCGCCUCCGUUUUCUAUAGUAAAAACAGUUGUAGCUUUAACUUAUUCAAUAUGAAAUUGUUAUACAUAACUCUACUGGUUCUCCCAGCGGCCUUAUUGUGUUUCCAAAACGCAAACACAAUCACAGCCAGAGCAGAAGAAGAUGAGAUGCUGGACGACGUAGUCGAUAUCGAGGGCGAAGAUAACCAGGUCGUUGGUGACGACGCUGGAGAUGACGAUGACUCCGUUGUAAAAUCCUCCCAGGAUGUUGACACAACAAUACUGUUCACCAAGCCAGUCCCUAACUAUGGAGAUGUUGCUUUUGACCUUCAAGCUGGUUUCCCAGUUGAGUUCCUAGUGGGCUUCAUCAACAAGGGUUCGGAAGACUACGUAGUUGACUCAAUGGAAGCCUCAUUCAGAUACCCGAUGGACUACACAUACUACAUCCAGAACUUCACCGCUCUGCCUUACAACCGUGAAGUCAAGCCAAAGCAAGAGGCUACUUUCGCCUACUCCUUCGUCCCCAAUGAAGCUUUCGCUGGCAGACCUUUCGGAUUAAAUGUACAGCUGAACUACAGAGAUGCCAGUGGCAACUUCUACCAGGAAGCUGUAUACAACCAGACCGUCAACAUAGUUGAGGUGUCAGAGGGUUUGGACGGAGAAACAUUCUUCCUAUACCUGUUCUUGGGUGCUGCGAUGGUCCUCGCUUUAGUGGCCGGUCAGCAGGCGCUGUCGUCUCUGGCCAGACGGCGCGCGCCUCGCUCCGCCCCCAAGGUUCUGGAGACAGGCACUCCCAACGAUGUGGACUACGACUGGCUGCCUAAGGAAGUCGUUAACCAGCUCAAAAAAUCUCCCAAGACGCCCAAACAGUCUCCACGCAUGAGGAAAGCGAAGAGAUCCGCGGGCGAUGACUAGGCUCUGGCCGGCUGUGUGACACCGAGUGCCGCCCGGUGAUGCGUGCGCGCACGAUCCUAUAAGAAUAGGCCUGAAACUUAUAUGUUUUAUCUGAUCGUGAAAUACUCUUUGUACGAGUACAAGUUUAUGAGCUAACAUGAAAUAUUUUCUCCAAAUGCUUAUCUUUUUAUGUAUAACUGUUGUGUCUUUUAUUUUCGAAAUAUUUUUAACUACAAAGCUAGUGUCAGGUCUAUUCUUAUUCGAAUUGUUUCUUGUGAACAGACUGCGUGUGGUUCGUAGUUGUUAAGUGCGUAAUGAGAGUAAAU